AGGUGUACAAACCCCUGGAAUACUCGUUGCAAAGAAGUCUUUAUUCCGUAACACAGUGCCAAAUGGAUGUGGAGGUGGUACUGUCUUUUUUGUCACCCAAGGUGGCCAUCGCUAUCUUAAAGAUACAGAGAUGAGGGAAGAAGGGGGCACAGGAGCUAUUGUUGAGUCUGUGCGUGCUGGUUUAGUAAUGCAACUUAAGGAAGCUGUUGGUCAUCCAAGCAUCAUGGCCAGAGAGGAAAAAAUUUGCAAAAUGGUUCUAGCACACAUUCGCACCAUUCCAGAACUUAUACUUCUUGGUAAUAAUUCUUCAUCUGUUCAAAGACUCCCAGUGUUUUCUUUCAUGGUUAGGCACCCUCGAGGCACUUUCCUACACCACAAUUUUGUUUGUGCUAUCUUAAAUGACGUAUUUGGGAUUCAAGUGAGAGGGGGUUGUGCUUGUGCGGGUCCAUAUGCUCAAGAUCUACUUGGCAUUAGUGAAGAACUAGCAGCUGAUUAUGAGGCAGUUUUAAUGGAAGACAGCCGUUUAGAUCGAACUCACUUAAGGAGGAAGGGAGAACAUUCAACAUAUGAAAUGUUAAGGCCAGGAUUUGCCAGAGUUUCCAUUCCAUACUUUAUGUCUGACUCAGAGAUAGCAUUUGUGUUGGAAGCUCUGAAAAUGGUUGCAACUGAAGGCUGGAAACUUUUACCUCAAUACAUUUUGAACCCAGACACUGGAGAAUGGAGACAUAACACAAAUACGGUUUUCCGAGACAGAAAGUGGCUUGGAUCUAUUCGCUAUGUUGAUGGAAAGAUGCAAUCCUUUGAACGUCGUGUAUCUGGACAAACUCCUUGUCCUCAUGACACGGGUGAUUGCUUGCAUACUGCUAGAAACAUUUUCAACAAAGCAAGAAAAAUGGCCCAGAGGUAUCCUCUUCCUGACCAACGACUCAUGUUUGAUCAAAAUACUGCUGCAUUACGUUGGUUUAUGCUGCCAAGUGAAGCUCAAGACUUGCUUCUGGGCAAUGUUCAGAAUGUAAAACAGGAAGUGCCUUUUGAUCCUACUCCAUAUUCUGGUGCAAGAGGUCGUACUUCAAGCUGUGACAGUGCCUCCUCUGGAGAAACAACACCUGGUGUGCAACAAACUAGUCCUAUCAGCAAUGGUAGUACUCCACCAAAAUGUCCUUCGGCCACGUCUUUUGCUCGGCACAACAGCUUAUCAAGUAUUGAAAAUUUGCCACGAUUUGUGGGGAGCCCAACUGCACCCAUACAGACUAGAACAAGGAUAAAUUCUUUACAAGUUCCUGUAAGUAUAUAUUAGAUUUUUUUAAAACAAAAUUUUAAAGUAAUGUUGAAUGUAAUUUUGAAUGUUGAAAGAUGUUUGAGCUUUGUUGUCUGAUGGCAUGCUGAUAUGUGUAGUUAAAAAAAAUCUUUUCUAUGCUUCUCAAAUUGUUUUUGAG